AUCAUGGCUUGAAGUGCCUAAGCAGCUGGUGGUUAGCCUGAACGAGAAGCUAAAUAGACAAGGGCUCUACUAGUUGAGAGCCGCCGGCCACUUGCCCACCUGCAUCAAAUUCUUCGUGCAUAAAAACCUAAUCGGCACCUCGCCUUGCCGUCGCUUUCCUCCCUCAGAUCUGAGAGAGACAGAUCGAGAUGGGGAGGGGUAAGAUUGUGAUCAGGCGGAUAGACAACUCGACGAGCAGGCAGGUUACCUUCUCCAAGAGGAGGAACGGGCUGCUGAAGAAGGCCAAGGAGCUCUCCAUCCUCUGCGAUGCGGAGGUCGGCUUCAUCAUCUUCUCCAGCACCGGCAGGCUCUACGAGUUCUCCAGCACCAACAUGAAAGCUGUGAUAGACCGGUACGGGAAGGCAAAAGAGGAGCAGCUUGGCGUGAACAAUGCAACUUCAGAACUUAUGCUCUGGCAAAGGGAGGCAGCAAGCUUGAGGCAACAACUGCACAACUUGCAAGAAAGCCACAAGCAACUAAUGGGAGAGGAGCUUUCAGGCCUAGGUGCGAGGGACCUCCAAAGUUUAGAGAAUCGUCUUGAGAUGAGCCUACGUAAUGUCAGAAUGAGGAAGGACCAUAUUUUGAAAAGUGAGAUUGAAGAAUUGCACAGGAAGGGUAGCAUGAUUCACCAGGAAAACAUGGAACUCUGUAGAAGAGUAAAUAUCAUGUCACAACAAAAAAUGGAACUGCAUAGAAAGCUCCAGGCCAGUGAACAAAGAGAUGCUGCUGAUGCAAAUACAAGCUCUAGCACUCCCUACAGCUUUAGUAUUGCACAGGAUGCAGACAUCCCUUCUAAUCUUGAACAGAUACAAUCGCACCAAAAAGAGGGGGAGAACCACAAAACAGGGGCUCCAGAACUGGGGUAAAUUUUUUUUUCUAGAAUCAAAAAGGUUGAGUUACUCCUAGAAGUAUGAAGAAUCCUAAUGAAGAACCUAUGCUUUGAUAUGUUGCAGACUUCAACUGCACUAAAAAAAAUGCAGCAAAAGCUGGAAAAUGUCAUGGCAUUUCACCAAUUUCACGGGUGCAGAGCACUUUGGUUGCAAGGAGUGUUUUGUGAAAUAUACCGAGUGGAAACUGGCUUGUGUACAGACUACAUAUAUGACCAAUCAUGUUAUUUGAUGCUCUACUGUAUUGAAAACGCCAUAUUGGUUAUUGUAACAACUAAUAAGGUGUUUCAAAAAAUAAUUAAUAUGGUACACUUGAUUAUUGUAUUGUUGACUUUGAAAAAUCGUUAGUUCUUAGUGCCUAUAUGCUUGAAAAUGCUCUUUAGUUCAACAGAUCAUUUUCCAUGCAACUGGCUUAUUACAAUCUUUUGGCAAGUAUGGCAAGCAAGAAUUUAUGUGCCAAUCAAGAAUCAAAUGUGCAAUUGUAUCAUAUAUGGUUAUCAACAAUGUUGAGUAACUGGACUAAGUACAAUGCAUAUGUAUCUGAGUAUUUUUCUUGCUGAAAGGAAAAUGUGGAUCCUUGACAGCAACCAAAGGUUAUGCCAACAUGCCCUCAAAAAAAAAAAAAGGUUUACGCCAACAUGAAAUGAAAGUGCUCAAGUACUUUAUAAUACUCUCACGAUUCUUCUUUAUUUGAUGCUAUUGUCUUUUAAUUAUUACUUUACAUGUACACUUAACAACAAAUGGUGUUGUCGCUUUCAAAUGGCAAUCUAGAUACUUCUGAACAUAUUAGCAGCCGAAUUUUUUAAAAACCUGGUCUUGAACAAUAGAAGUACUCAGUUUUCAGAACAUCAAUGUUCCUGACUAUGCCGAUUCUAAAGCAUCAAAUAAAAAAGGGAGGGCGUGUUAGUCGAUCAUCACUUGAUGACUAGUUCUUGGUGGACCAAAUAGGUAUGUGGAUUUGACUAGAAGUUGUAAAUACUAGUUUAAAAUAUCUCAUAUUCUAGUCGAAGCACAGUUCAAGCAGGCGCAGAGAAUGUGAUUUUAUUUUUCAUUGCUUAUAGUUUGAACAUUAAGUUGCAUAGAGGAGAAAGGCCCAUAGAGGUGAAUUACAGGCCCAUGAAUGCAAAUGAACAUUAGAAAUGAAGGUCGUUUGUUCCUGUUUGAAAGGAUUUACAGGGUCACAGCUUCAAGAUCAUUAGUUUCUUAGCGCCUAUUUGCUUGAAAGUGCUCUUUAGUUCAGCAGAUUAUUUUAUAUCCAACUGGAUUAUUGCGAUCUUUUGGCCAGUAUGGCAAGAAAAAAAUUAUGAGUAAAGAAUUAAAUGCGCAGUUGUAUCAAAAUUUAUCAACAGUGUUGAGUAACUGAACUGUUAAUACUCCAACCAUUCUUCUUUAUUUGAUGCUAUUGACCUAUCUUAUUUUAGAAAUUUGGCAAAAAAAAAAAGUUUAAUGAAGUUUCUGGAACGUCAAUGCUCCUGACUACACCGGUUCUAAGUUAUCAAAUAAAAAGAAAGGGAGGGCGUAGUAGUCGAUCAUCACUAAAUGACUAGUUUUUGGUAAGUAAGAAGAACCAGGUAUGUGGAUUUGACUUAAAGACUUAAAGUUGUACUUACUAGUUUAAUUUUUCUCAUAUUCUAGUUGGAGCACACUUCAAGUGGUUAAUUUUUCUCGGAUUCUAGUUGAAGCACACUUCAAGUGGACAUGGAAACUAUGAUUUUAUUUGUCAUUGCUUAUAGUUUGGGAGACACAUCGUAACUUAAUAUCAGAAAAUGUACAAUCAUGAGCUGCACAGACAGUUGCAUAGAAGGAGACAGGCCCAUAGAGGUCAAUUGCAGGCCCAUGAAGGCGAACUGCAGAACCAGCCUUCUAGAUAAUAAGUAUGAG